AGCAUAUCUCUAUCACAAGAGACAAACAUAACAAAAAAAAUACAAGAAUAAAAAAAUGAAAGUUGUCUUGAUCUUUCUCUCUGUUCUCUUCCUCCUCCAAGCAUCCCAAGGAUUUGAUUUCCACGAAAAUGAAUUACAGACCGAAGAGAGCUUAUCGAAGCUCUAUGAAAGGUGGAGAAACCACCACUCUGUAUCAAGAGCCUCCCACGAGUCAAUAAAACGGUUCAACGUUUUUAGACACAAUGUGCUUCAUGUCCACAAGACAAACAAGAAAAACAAACCUUACAAACUCAAGAUCAAUAGAUUCGCCGACAUGACACACCAUGAGUUCAGAAACUCCUACGCUGGCUCUAAUGUUAAGCAUCACCGGAUGCUCCGUGGACCUAAGCGCGGAUCUGGUAGAUUCAUGUAUGAGAAUGUAACCGCUGUUCCAAGUUCUGUUGACUGGAGAGAAAAGGGAGCUGUCACUGAUGUCAAGAAUCAACAAGAUUGUGGAAGUUGCUGGGCAUUUUCUACGGUUGCAGCAGUAGAAGGAAUAAACAAGAUCAGAACAAACAAACUAGUUUCAUUAUCCGAGCAAGAGCUUGUUGAUUGUGACAAUGAAGAGAAUGAAGGCUGUUCAGGAGGUCUUAUGGAACCUGCGUUUGAUUUUAUCAAGAACAAUGGUGGUAUCAAAACUGAAGAGACUUAUCCUUACAUUUCUAACGACGUUGAUCUCUGCAGAGCUAAAUAUAUUGAAGGAGAAACCGUAACGAUUGACGGACACGAGCACGUCCCUGAGAAUGACGAGGAGGCACUUCUCAAAGCUGCUGCUCAUCAGCCUGUCUCUGUAGCCAUUGAUGCUGGGAGCUCUGAUUUCCAGCUUUAUUCUGAGGGUGUGUUCACUGGAGAAUGUGGGACUCAGUUAAACCAUGGAGUGGCGAUUGUCGGGUACGGAGAGACAGAAAGCGGAACAAAAUAUUGGAUAGUGAGAAACUCAUGGGGUCCUGAAUGGGGAGAAGGAGGCUAUGUUAGGAUUGAAAGAGGAAUAUCUGAGAACGAAGGACGUUGCGGUAUAGCAAUGGAGGCUUCUUAUCCCACCAAGCUCUCUUCUAGUUCCUCUGGAGAAACUAAUACUAUUCAUGAGCCAAUAGCUUCUGAUGCUGUUAAAGACGAACUCUAGAGAUUGUGAGUCACAUGAUUCAUUAAAAGAUGGGACGUCAAGAAUUCUUAUAUUGUGGAAGAUAUAUAAUAUGAAUAAUAUGUUGAAUAUCCUACUUUUGAGUUUGUUAUUGCAUGUGUUUUAUAUCUUAUUCCAUGGGUUUUCUUUUCCUUUAAAAUGCCAUGUUGACACUUUCUUUCUUACUUCAUUAUUAUGAUGUACAUUGUGUCGAUUUUCAUGUCCUUGUUACUUGCCAUAUUGA